GUUGCAUUAUGCAUGCAUCUGGUUUGAUCACCCGCCACACUGCAAUAAAGCAGGCGGAACUCCGUGGCGAAACAGCAUCUAUAGCUAAGUAUUUUUGUUAUAUUUUCAAAUCUCUUUACAGUUUUUUUAUCCGUGUCUGGCAUUACAAACCUUUACAUACAUGCUAUGUUUGUAAGCAGGGGCGGACUGACAACUCAUGGGGCCCCUGGGCAAUAGGGGAUCAUGGGGCCCCUGUGUCCUUGCCCAAACUCAAAAAAGCUUAUGAAAAAGGUACCAGGGGAAUCUCAUGGGCCCACUACUGACCCCGGGCCCUCGGGCAGUGCCCGAGUUUCCAAAUGGUCAGUCCACCCCUGUUU